AUGGCGCCCUCGGGAGCAGGCAUCUCGGGGCCCAGACCCGCGCAGGGUGCAAGGGCCAGUUGGGGAUGCGUCGCCGUUCUCCCCGACCCUUUGGCCCAGUUUCUCGGACCCCAGACCCGGGGGUGUGGAGUUUGCCAGCCACAAGGCCCUUACGUUCAGGUAUACACACACUCGGGCCUAGGCAGUGUCUUCCUGGUCUUUCUGGCCUCACAACUUAAACCUGCCCUUGCACUCAACACGCGGCGGCCCCCGGGACGGGAAGUCUCCCCCCGCGGGGCCUGCGCACCCCUCCCCUCCGUGAGCGGGUUUGUCCUGUCUGCAGCCUUCCUAGGUGGGGAAGGAGGACCGGGGAAGACGCGCGCCGUGGCCACCGGGCCCCGCGUGCAGCGCGGAGAGGAGGCCGGCCCGCCCCCGCCUCGACACUCUGCGGCUCCGCCCCCGCCGUCCCUCUGCCGGGAUGGGGGGGCGGGGAAGGGGUUCGUUAGUGCGCCCCCUCCUCGGACCCCGCUGCGCCCCUCCUCCUAA